AUGUUUAAGAUUCUAGCUGCAGUGUCCACGGUGGUUUUGGCACAGACUUCUGUCGACUGCGUUGCAUACUAUACAUUAAAUCAGGCGAGCUUGGUCGAUCCCAGCCAGAUCAAGUACUGCGUCGCUCAGUGCACUGAAAUGCCGACUGUUGGAACGUGUCCUGCGGGUUCUCCUGUUACCGACUGUGUGCGAUCUCUGGACGCGUGCAAGUUCAUUGAGGAAGGUGAAGCUGCUGAGGGUGGCGACGGGGAAGAAUCCGCUACCGAAGGCGAAAAAGCAGAGGACGAGGUUGUUAUCGGAACCGAAGCAGAGAACGCCGGAGCGGACGCAGGCGGGCCCAAGACCACUGGGGCAACGAUGAACGUCUUGAUCGGCUCGGCUGUGGUGCUGUCGCUUGUUAUGUAA